CCCUAAAAUGACUCAAAUUUCCAAACGUGUAAGGUGGAGAUUUAUUUCAAGAACUUGGAGUGCAUGUACAUUCUCCUGUAACACAUAUUUCACAGGAAAUUUAAGCCACUUUUUAGCAAUUCUUCUUGAAACUCCCUGUAAUUGCACCUAAAAUGUGAGAGGAGUUAACAGUUGAAAUUAGUGUGGGCAGCGCAUGAUUUUACUAUAAAAGCUUGCAAGAGUUCAAGAGAACAAAGUAAUUACUAAGAGUCUUGAUUGUUUAUAUAACUGCCAAAUCUUUUACACUUCUGCAGCUCAUUAACGCUGAGAGGAUUUUUCUGAAGAAAUUUAAUUCAUCACAUUUUCAUGGUAAUGCAAGCCUUGUAGACUACGAGGACAGCGAUGAAGAAACGUCUCCUCCUGUGGCCUGUAUUACAGAGGAAAGGGACAGGCCGAAUAACAUUUGCAGCGAGGUUUGCCUCGGGUCCGCUUGGGUUCGACCUGGGUCUGCCCAGGUUUGUCCUGGAAGGAACCACCCCUAUGGAUCACAAACCCUGUCCGAACCACAGGCAGACCGGAUCAGGACCACGAACUUGGACCGGGCCGACCUUGUACCAGGGGCCCAGGGGGCGAACCUUGCAAGCAAGCUCUUCAAAUUCUUCUUGGUUACCAACCAGAAGUCACUUUAUUGGUAUGGGAUACAAUGCUUUAAUAGUGGACGAGGCAAUUCAAGAAGUUGGCUCAGCGAAUGAAAAUGCAAUAUUGGAAUACAUAAGGAAUAAUCAAGAAUGCUCAUCCGAUUCAGAUUGGUGCUUAAUUAAAAGGCACUUUGUGAGCAUGGGUUUCUCUUCAACUACAGUAGACAAAGCACUGGAAGAAUGUGGGACAGAGGACGAGGCACUUAUACUUGAAUUCCUCACAAAUUUUAAGGGAAGCUCAUGUGAGUCAUCUUCAUCCUCAACCAGGAAGCAUUUUAUGUCGAUGGGGUUUUCUUCUGAUAUUGUUGAUAAAGCUAUUGAAGAACGUGGGACAGAGGACGAGGCACUUAUACUUGACUUCCUCACAAAUUAUAAGUGUUGUAUGUCGUUUGAUUCACAGGGAAGCUCAUGCGAGUCAUCUUCAUCCUCAAUCAGGAAGCAUUUUAUGUUGAUGGGGUUUUCUUCUGAUAUUGUUGAUAAAGCUAUUGAAGAACGUGGAAUUGAGGAUGAGGCUGAAAUUUUUGAGUCCAUCUUGACCUAUGAGCAGCUGAUGUUGAAGAAAGAGUUAUUGAAGAAAUCAAGUUCACACAACGAGGAUUUCCUCACUCAAUCAGAGAGUUCAGUGAGUGAGGUUACAGAUACAGAUGAUGAAGAUAUCGGACAAUUUAAUGAGGAAAUUAAUCUCAAAACCCGCUUAUUGGAAAUGGGGUAUGCUGGAGAGGAAGUGUCUUUGGCUGUUAAAAGAUAUGGUGUAGAUAUUCCAAUUGAUAUCUUGAUUGAUUCGAUUGAUGCUGUUAGACAUAGUGAGGCUACAAGCUAUGGAGAUAUGGGAGAUCCAUAUAAUAGCCUACAUAGUGAGGCUACAAGCGAUGGAGAGAUGGGAGAUCCAUAUAAUAGCCUUACUCUCAAGAAGAAGGGAUUGAAUGAAAGCUUAAAGAAUACGCGGCAAAUCAAAUUUCCUAAAAGAAAGCAUAUAGAUUUGGAAGAAGAUUGCUAUGAAACCAAUCGGAGGGUAAAGCUCAAAGGAAGUAUGUCUUCCGGAUUGGUUGGAUUUGGGGUUCCCGGUCACCACGUGGAUAGAUGCCGGAAGCUAAAAGAUUUUUCGCAAGGCCCGCCCUAUUUCUACUUUGAGAACGUUUACAUUACACCGAAGGGUGUCUGGGAAGAAAUCUCCAGAUUUUUUCACAAUAUUGAACCCGAAUUUGUGGAUUCGAAGUUCUUUUCAGUUUCUAGUAGAAAGCGUGGGUACGUGCACAACCUGCCUAUCGACAACCGCGUUCAGCUUUAUCCACUGCCACCGAUGACAAUCAAAGAGGCGUUUCCUGAAAAACAAAAGUUUUGGCCAUCAUGGGAUGAGAGAACUAAACUUAACUGCAUAAAUACAGUGGCAGCAAGUGCUCCGUUAUGUCUUAGACUUAGGGAUAUUGUCAACCUUUGUAAUGGACAACCCACCCCUGAAGAGCGGGAUAUGGUACUUUUACAAUGUAAAAAGUGGAACUUGGUAUGGGCCAAUCCAGAUCAGCUGGCUCCGCUCGAACCUCAUGACAUGGAGCUUGUGUUAGGAUAUGAUAAGGACCACACACGUGUCUGUGGUAGGACAGAGCGUAUACGAUCCCUUGGAAAUGCUUUUCAGGUAGAAACUGUAGGAUACCAUCUUUCUGUUUUGAAGCCUCUUUAUCCAAAGGGGAUCAAGGUCCUUUCUCUCUUCUCUGGAAUUGGGGGUGCAGAAGUUGCUUUGCAUCGUUUGGGUAUACCACUCAAUUAUGUUGUAUCUGCAGAAAUUUGCAAAGUAAACAGGCUUAUCCUCAGAAGCUGGUGGGAAAAAACACAUCAAAAGGGUAAAUUGAUUGAGGUGGGGGAUGUGAAGAAUCUGACAAAAGAAAGACUUGAUGAAAUGAUUAAUUCAAUUGGAGGUUUUGAUCUCAUAAUAGGGGGAAGCCCCUGUAAUAAUCUGACAGGCAGCAACAGGUGCACAAGGCAUGGGCUAGCUGGAGAGCAAUCUUCUCUUUUCUAUGAAUUUCCAAGGAUUGUGAAGUACGUAAGGGGUGCAAUGCGUUCGAAGCUGACUUGACACAGUAAUAUCAUUAUCAAAGAUGCAACAGAUUCUUACAAUUUUGUCGUACAGCGACCCUCUGCAGUCACUUAUUUCAAAUCCAGCAAGCAGAUGUUUGGGGGUCUUCAAAAUCUACUCUUAAGAGUUUCUGUAACAAUGUUUGAGUACUUGUUUCACUGCUUGUAUUUGACAUUAUAUAUUAAUCUAGUGGAUGUUAUAUGUGCAAUGACCUUGAAACCUCAUCUCUAGACCUUGUUACAAUUAGUAUAUAUAUCAGAAUAGCUUUUUUUUUGGUA